ACUUCCGGUAGCUAGCAGUAUGGCCGCAGGUCAAACAACCAGGUUGACCGGCGUCUUCCUAAGGCUCUUAAAUUUUGCCAGACAGAGGCAUUCAGCGAGUGGGAGCUUUGUGUGCGUUCGCCAGCAGUCCACAGACCAUGGGCUGCCAUCCGACAGCCCGAGCUGCAAAGUAGAGAUUGGGUUGACAUCUGAUGGUAAAACUGUGGUGUGUUACCACCCUUCUGUGGAUUUUCCAUAUGACCUUUCUCAGCCCAUUCCUCGACCGGACCCGCUGACAAACCCUGCAGAGACGCACGACCAAGUGUUGAAGGCCCACCUGAGUAAAGAGGUCCUGCAGAACCGGGAAGGCCCCACCAUUGAAGAACUCAGUAAGAUGUUCUUCACCACGAAGCACCGAUGGUAUCCCUAUGGCCAGUACCACAGAAGACGCAAGAAGAUGAAUCCCCCGAAAGACAGAUAGUCCAAGGCCGGUGUAAUAAGUUCAGCUUUGUUACUAUGUAUGUAAUGUGAACUAUUUCCAAAUCCAGUUGAUUGUGCAGAUGUACUAAAAAUAAACAAGGGUAAUCCAAAA